UCAGAUAACACAGCGUAUUUAUAACAAAGAUUUUAUUCAAAUUUAACUCGCAAGUGGCUUAUUGUGACAAUUACUGAUAUCCCAUGACACUUUUAGGCCACCGUACAUGCGUGAUCUUUAUGUUCUUUAUGCAAAUCCAGCUCGAGCUAGUUCUGUGCACUUACAAUAAAUUGAAACGAGAGCAACAGGUCUGGUUACGUUUCAGUCCAUAAUCUGACCUAUUCCUCUGUUCCACACUUACUGCAUGAUCGACAUUUGCCUCCAUUCAAGGGCUGAAGAUCAUUAAGGGAUCGCCCCGUCAAAGUGAAACUUACACUGCAGGACUCGAGCUUCAGUGUUAACAAAAGUCAGGUAUCCUCCAUCAAACAUGUUUUACGCCAUUGUUGCGGGGUGCUUUUUCCUGGUCGUGUUUCUGGCGCUUGUCCGAUUUGCAGGGUAUUCACACGGCGGAAUAGUGAGAGGGUCCUUGGCAGCUCGCAUGAUGGCCAUCGAGGCGAUUUCAAGAGGUGGUUCUCAAAGGGGGUUCUUUUCAUUGGUUCACUGCUAAUAACCGUUUAUAUGAACAUAAUCAAAUUUGGGCCGAUGUAUUGAACUCCUGGUAUAAAUUUACCUCUUGUCAUAAAUCUAUGUCCCACAAAGACGUCUUAAAAAGUAGUCUUUGGUUCAACGAUUUUGUUAAAGUUGGUAACAAAUGUAUUUAUUAUAGACACUGGNACGUCGGCCAGUAUUCUUUAUAUUAGUAAUCUUCUAGAUGACAAUGGAAGGUUUCUACCACUUAAUUCUUUUAAAGACAAAUUUAACGUUCGUACAAACUUUACUCAAUACGGUGCUGUUGUUAAAGCUGUUAAGCGAACCUUUCAAGAUAUACUUGAAACAGAGAACAGGAAUGUGAACCACCCCAUCAUUCCCCUCUAUCUUAGUUUUUAAAAAAAGGUUAAGCUGUACUUUCUCUGUAAAAAAAAUUAUCUAUUGUGAACAGUGAAAAUCGAAGAUUUAGUUCAAAGUCGGACUUAUACUCUAGACGUUUUCAAGAGUGAGGUUACUGCGACACUAAUUUUGGUGAUUCCUUUUCCAUAUCUAGCUUUAAUAAUGUUCAGAACAAAUCUAGUGUAUCUUGUGUUAUGUGAAUGUGAACUGAAGAUAAAGAAAUAAAUGAGUUACCCAGGAAAAAAAAGAAAUAACAUCGAAAGUAUUAAUUUAAAGGAAAACGAAAGAUGGGAUAGUGAGCUUUAAUUUGAUAGGUCCUAUGUGACUUUAAUACCUAAGAAACUUGUGAGUAUAUUUCCUGAUUGUUUGAAAUAGGGGUAUUUAUUGAUGUUGAAUAUGAUAGCUUAUACUGAUCAAUUUUUGUGGUUAGCAACCAUUAAAGCGCACGUAAUUUUGGGUCCGUUGAAGCCAUACGGCAAACAGAAAAAGUUGCUCGUUCUGAUCACAACGGUAAGGUCCGCUCAAGCAUUUUCAUUAAAGCUACAAGCACAAACAAUCAAGUAGACUUGUCGAGCUUUUGUACACCACAGUAAUUGUUGGUACGUUACCUAAACUCCUUGCAAGAUAAACAAGUGUAGGCUAGCUAUUUACAACUCGGUUUCGAGGUGACGUACCCACACGAUCAACAAAGCAUGACCAUCACAUUGAACAACUGAGCCGUUGAAAAAGGCUACUGCUGCAUUAGAUGACGGGAUAACAAAAGAAUUACAUCAGACAUCUCAUUUUCAUCACAAAGGAUGUGCUAAGGUUCAGGUUCGGCCCUGAACAAUAUUAAGAUAGGAGCACAUGCGCAGGUGGCCCAACACCCAAUUUCUCAUGGCGGCUCAAAACAGAAGGCCUUCUUCAGCGGGCGACAGCAAGGGUUCUCAUGACGACGGGGUCACCGAGCCUUGUCAAGCUCCACCAUGCCAAAGCGGAAGGCAGCCACAUCCACUGUCAAGGGCAGGAAUCUUUUCUAAAGCGUUCUUCAUCUGGAUGUUCGGCUUCUUCCGUCGAGGGUAUAAGAGACCACUUGUGGAAGAAGACUUGUAUGAUGUUUUGCCCGAAGACUCAGCGGAUGUGUUAGUGACUAAUCUCGAAAGGGAAUGGAAUAAAGAACUGGAAACAAGUAAUGUCACAGGGAGGCCUCCGUCCCUCUGCUGGGCGUUAAUCAGAGCGUUUGGUGUGAAGUUCAUGUUAUACGGUUUGCCCGCUUUCUUUAAGGAGGUCUUCUUGAAGAUGGUCCAGCCGGUGAUGUUGGCACGAUUGGUUCUGUACUUCUCCACGGACCUUGUAUCAACCACUGAGGCCUACCUGCAAGCCGCCGGUCUCUCUCUGUCUUCCCUAUGUCUCAUCGUCACUCACCACUGCUGCUUCUUCGGCUUUGGCCUGACGGGGAUGAGACUCAGAACUGCUUGCUCGGCCCUCGUCUUCAGAAAGGCCUUGAAGCUCAGCAACCUCGCUCUCAGUGAGACCACAAUCGGUCAACUUGUGAACAUCCUAUCAAAUGACGUCAACAGAUUUGAUCAGGCCUUUGUGUUCGCACAUUAUUUGUGGAUAGCACCAUUCCAGCUGACUGUGCUUUUCGUCUUAUGUUGGCGAGAGAUCGGAGUUUCCUGCCUGGCGGGGCUCUCCGUCUUGAUCUUGAUGGCGGCCCUGCAGGGUUACACGGGGAAGCUGUUUUCCAAGUUGAGAUCUAAGACGGCCUUGUUGUCGGAUGCAAGACUCCGCAUCAUGAAUGAGGUGAUAUCCGGGAUGCGCGUCAUCAAGAUCUACGCUUGGGAACAAUCCUUUGGAAAACUAGUCGCCGAGAGCCGAGGCAAGGAGAUACGCAAGAUAUUGUACAGCUCUUACCUACGAGCGCUGAUCUUUGCUUUGCUCUUUGAUGCCACCAUUCUGACGGCAUUUGCCACGUUCGUGGUCUACGCCUCGCUCGGCAACCCCGUCACGUCGUCCAAGGUGUACCCGGUGGUCUCGUUGUUCUAUGGCGCUCGACUCUGUUUGUCCUUAUUCUUCCCGUUUGGCGUGAUGAACGGGGCAGAGGGACUCGUUUCCAUUCGUAGGAUUCAGAAAUUUCUGCUUAUGGAAGAGCUUGCAAGACACACUGGUGAGGCCACUGUGAAUAUUAACGCCAAUUUUGGAUUGGAAAAGCCCGUGAUUCUGUUGGAGGAGAUAGCUACAAACGGCUUUGUUGCUCCAAGGGAAGCUAAUGAUGACAACCUCGCGGAAGAUGUCACAGCUGCCUCACGGCCCCUGGAAAAAGAAGUACGAACGAGCAGCACAAACUAUCUGAUCCAGUCCAAGGGAGAUGAGGAGGUUGGAGGUUACGUUGGACCUUCUGAGAUGGAGGAAGAUGACGAUCUUGACAAGCCCAAACCUUCUCUUGAAACGGGAGACAGGAAAGGAAUUCUUGUGGAGAAUUUAUAUGGUUCCUGGAACAAGGAUUUAAGCAACACUGUGCUUCAAGACAUCAGUUUUCGUGUUGAGCCUGGAGAGCUUCUCGCGGUGGUUGGUCCCGUCGGAUGUGGAAAGUCUUCCCUGUUGAUGGCCCUGCUGGGGGAGCUUCCGACCGUAUCAGGAGUCAACGCCCUACCCGGUUGGGUUGGCUACACGGCUCAGCAACCCUGGAUCCUGUCUGGCUCUCUCAGGGACAACAUCCUCUUUGGGAGUGAGUACGAGUCGGCCAAGUACAAGCGAGUCAUCAAGCAAUGCGCGCUCACCAGGGAUAUUGAGCUACUACCGCAUGGAGAUCAGACACUGGUGGGCGAGCGUGGAGUGACCCUCAGCGGAGGUCAGAAGGCAAGGGUCAGCCUGGCCAGGGCCUUGUACAUUGAUGCUGAUGUGUAUUUGCUGGAUGAUCCACUGAGCGCAGUUGAUCCUGCAGUUGGGAGACACCUCUUUGAAAAGUGCAUCCUUCAUCAAAUGAGGGACAAGGCGCGGAUCCUGGUAACUCAUCAGCUGCAGUUCCUGGACAAAGCCGAUAAGAUUCUCAUCCUGAAACAGGGGAGUGCAUCUGGUUACGGAACCUACCAGGAGUUGCAGAGGGAAGGCAUAGACUUUGCAGCCCUACUGAAGAAGAAAUCUGAGGACGAUGACGACACUGGCGAUAAGGUGCAGGUCCUCGAAAGGUUGAGGAGAGAAAGGAAAAUAUCAACGUGCUCAAGCGCUUCGUUUUGUCCAGACCAAGAUGAGGUGGAGACGCCUGUGGGCAUUGCCCCGGAGGAGAUGGCGGUAGGUACAGUUGAGUGGAUGGUGUACAUCCGGUUCCUCCGAGCAGCGGCGGGAUUCCUCUUUCUCCUCGUCUGGGUGAUCAUCGUGGUUGGUGCACAGGCUUCCCUGACUUUCACGGACCUCUGGCUGGCGACGUGGGUCUACGAGGAAGAGCAGUAUUUAGCGGCCACAAAUCAGGAUAACCAGAAUGCGACCACGUACGACAACCAGUCAUAUUAUGUCCAAAUUUACGCCAUGUUGUGUGGAGGAUCGACGCUUCUCUUGUUUGUCCGUAGCUUUCUGUUCUUUCAUCUGUUUGUGACGGCCUCCAGGGCUCUUCACAACCAAAUGUUCGCCUCUAUAAUAAGAGCGCCCAUGCAGUUCUUUGAUACAAACCCAGUGGGUCGGAUUCUGAAUCGCUUUGCCAAGGAUAUCGGCUUCAUGGAUGAUGUUUUGCCAGGAACAUUCACAGACUUUCUGCAGAUCACGGUGAAUACCUUGGCCAUUAUCACCUUGAUUUCCAUCUUCAACCCUUUCUGCCUCGCUUUCACCAUACCAAUCGCCAUCGUGUUUUUCCUCACAAGGAGAUACUACUUAGCCUCUUCUCGGGACGUCAAGAGGCUAGAAGGAGUAGCUCGCAGCCCGGUGUUUUCUCACCUGUCGGCCACUCUGACUGGUCUAAGCACUGUCCGGGCGUUCAAGGUCCAGCGGCGCUUCAUCGCGGACUUCGAUAGGUACCUGGACGGGCACACCCGGGCCUGGUUCCUCUUCCUGGCCACGUCCCGCUGGUUAGGGGUGCAGCUGGAUUUCUUUAGCACCUUGUUCAUUUGUGGAGUUAGCUUCACAAGCGUCAUGGCGGCUGGCCUCCUUGAUCUGAACUCUGGCAUUGUUGGUCUGUCGUUGACGUACGCCAUCAGCCUAACGGGGACAUUUCAGUGGGCGGUUCGACAGAGCGCAGAAGUAGAAAACCAGAUGACAUCUGUGGAGCGUGUGUGUCAAUACAUCGAUAUCAAGCCUGAGGCUCCCUUGGAGACCGACCAUAAGCCGCCUCCUGACUGGCCACAAGAGGGAGGUAUCACACUCCAAGAUACCUCCCUCAGAUACACUGAAGACGGGCCUCAGGUGCUGCGAAAUAUCAGCUGCUCCAUCAAGCCAAAAGAAAAGUUGGGCAUCGUGGGCAGGACUGGGGCUGGCAAGAGCUCCCUGAUGACGGUGUUGAUGCGACUGGCCGAACCCACGGGCACCAUCAUGAUAGACGGUGUCAACACGACGCUAAUCGGGCUGCACGACCUUCGCAAGAAGGUCUCCUUCAUCCCACAGGAUCCAAUUCUGUUUAGCGGAACACUGCGGAAGAACCUGGAUCCGUUCGAUGACCACGCUGAUUGUGAUAUAUGGAAAGCCAUUGAAGAGGUGGAGUUGAAGCCAGCGGUGGAAGAACUCCCUGACAAGCUGGAGGCAGUCCUCACAGAGGGAGGCACCAACUUCAGUGUGGGUCAGAGACAGCUUCUGUGCCUGGCCAGGGCCAUCUUACGUCAGAACAAGAUCCUGAUAGUGGACGAGGCCACGGCCAACGUGGACGUCAGAACUGACCGGUUGAUCCAGGCGACUAUCCGACAGAGAUUCAAACACUGCACGGUCCUAACCAUAGCUCACCGCCUCAACACCAUCAUGGACUCCGACAAGGUCAUGGUACUUGAUGCGGGGCGUCUGAUCGAGUUUGACGAGCCUUACACUCUGCUCCAGGAGGACAGUGCCUUCACCAGAAUGGUCCAAGAGACGGGCAAGGCUGAGAUGGCCAAACUCCUACAGAUUGCAGCUGACAAGCAUGCAGAGAAAGUUGCCCACGACCCGGAAGACACAUCUGAUAUACCGGUCUCUUAGCAUGGAAAAAGAAUCGAUCGGCCUAAGUGAUAACAAAUGAUUUCAAGCUUUUGAAGUGUUGAAAAGAUAUGCAAUAAGUUAAUGCCUCUCGUCAUACUGGUGGGAAGUGUCAUUCUUUCACUGUCCGUGGAUUGCUGUAAAAGAUGUUUCUUGG